AUGGAUUUCUUAUCAAUACCAAAAUUUCAAUUUGAAAAUUACUUUGUAAAAUCAAACAUUUUAAAGGACUAUUCGCGUCAAAUACGUACUGUAGAAUUGGGUGAUUGGCAACUAAAAUAUUUCCACAUGUUAAUUGACAUUGAAAAGUUUGUUCAACUUCGAUCAGUAAGAAUACAAUGUUUCGAUGACGAAAUGUUACAUGACUUUACUCAAAUAUUAGUAAAACUUUCACGUAUGAAAUAUUUAUCAUCUUUACAUAUUGAAUUUUCACAUGUUCUUGUCCUAGAAAACGAAACUGUGAACGUGCUUAAAAAUUUACUGUUAUUGUCAAGCUUAAAAACAUAUAUAUUAAAUAACUGUCGCUGUCCAGUCGUCCUUGAUAAGAACGAUAACAAAAGUAAUAUUGAAGAUUUACGUCUUUGUUUAAGAUCGCUAUUUGAUUUUUCUGCACUAAGUUAUUGCGUACCAAAAAUUAAAUCAUUAUCACUCGAUCUACAAUAUAGUGAUAAGUUACAUUCUUCUCGUUAUUCAAUUAUUGUAUAUGACUUACGUUGUUUAAAAAAGUUAGAGAUGCGUUUAAAAGACACAUCGUUCGAUGAAUCUGAGUGUGUUUUAAAACAGUUAUCAAAUCUAAAAGAAUUAUCGUUUACAUCAACAUCAAUUGAUUAUAUUAAUGGCCAGCGUUGGCAGUAUUUAUUAAGUUCUUUACGAACAUUGAAAGCAUUUAAAUUCAACAUUUAUCUGCAUCAUCUGAAUCAAUCGAUAAAUGCUGAAAUAAUGUGCUCGUCGUUUCAAAACAAUUUUUGGUUCAAACGUAAAAUUUUUGUUGGAUUUGAUUAUUAUCCAUGUGAAAACAAUUCUACUCUGUUCGUUUAUACGUUGCCAUGCAAUAAAAAUGAAUAUAGAUUGGGAAUCGGUAGUUUUCAAUCAAUAUUAAGUUCGUAA